UAACCCGCCGUUUCUUUCUCUCUUAUCUGGACACCAAAAACCCAUUUUCUUUCCAACUCACUCGACAUGGACCCACCACCAUCUCCUCCACCAGCGGCUCCGCCUCUUACUACUACACCUGCCGCCGUCGUCACUACAACCAACUUACCCACCCACCAGAUCAACGCGCCCACAUAUACUGAAUCGAUUGACUCUUCCCCUCGUUCUCGCAACACAGACUCCUGGGAUGACCCGCCAGCUUCAGCCGCCGGUGGAGCCUUCACCACGAAGCUUAGACUCAUGUGCAGCUACGGCGGCCACAUCGUGCCCCGUCCGCACGACAAGUCGUUGUGCUACGUCGGCGGCGAUACCCGAAUCGUUGUCGUGGACCGCCAAAAGACCCUUGCGUCCCUUUCUUCAAGCCUCUCCCGGACUCUCCUCAACGACCGGCCGUUUACUCUCAAGUACCAGCUCCCGAGCGAGGACCUGGAUUCUCUCAUAUCUGUUACCACCGAUGAGGAUUUGGAGAACAUGAUCGACGAGUAUGAUCGGACAACCGGGAGUUCUUCAAAAACAUCUAGAUUGAGGCUUUUCCUGUUCCCGUUGAAGCCCGAUUCGUCACAGUCGAUUGGGCCACUUCUGGAAAAUCCUGCCAAGUCUGAGGACUGGUUCUUGAAUGCCUUGAACGGGGCUGGGUUGUUAAACAGGGGAUUCUCUGAUUCGGCUUCAGUGAAUUGCUUACUGGGUUUAGAUGAUGAUGCCGCAAAUGGGAAUAAUCUCGUGAGAGAUACGGAGGGUUCACGGAAGAAUGUGAAGCAGGGUCAAGGUCAGGAUGUACACUCAGUACCAGAUUCGCCCAUGUUAGAGACGACAUCGUCUUUUGGGUCUUCAUCGUCAUCGCCUUCGUUGGCGAACUUGCCGCCAAUUAGGGUGCAUGUGGAGGACCGUCGUGGUGUCAAAAUUGAGCAGGAUCAGAAGGUUGUGGGGAUUGAGGAGCAAUUUGCGCAGAUGGGUUUUGGUGCGGGACAGAAGCAGGAUGAGGGUUUUGUGGUUCUUUCCUCCGCGCCUCCGCCUCCUAUGCCGGUGACAUUUGCGGUGCCUGGUAUGCCCGUGAGCUCGGGGGUUGUUGCUGGGGACUAUUCCAAUCGGGCGAUCUCCGAUGAUGAGAGAUCGGACCAUGGCAUGCCGUUUGGGCAUCAGAAACCACCAACACCACAGUCACAGCAACAGCAGCAGCAGACUUUGCUUCCACAGUCACAACUGAAGUCAAGCGGAGGCCUUGAUUUGCCUUCCCCAGAUUCAGUGUCAAGUGAUAGUAGUUUAACAAAUGCAAUAGCUCGCCAAAAACCAGGAAUUUAUCAAGACCAAGUUGUUCAAGUGCCCACUGGAGUUAACCGGUUUCCUGAAAUGAAUGUCUCUGAUCCAAACAAUCGGGUCCAAUUACAACAACAGUUUCACGAUUCGGGUUAUGUGUUGCAAUCCCAAUUUGAGCAGCAGCUGCUGCAACAACAACAGCAGCAGCAGCAACAACCACCACCACAACAAUUCAUUCAUGCUGGUACUCAUUACGUUCAACAGCACCCCUCUGGGGCAGUACCAAUGACUGCAUAUUAUCCUGUGUACCCUUCACAGCCACAACACCUGCAACCACAACAACAUCAUCGUCAGCUUGAUCAUCAAUACCCAAUGUACUAUAUGCCCGCUCAACAACAACCCCAGGGUUACAAUUUGCCUAUGCAGCAAUCUAGUAUCAGUGAUGCCCCCAAUACUAUGCCUUUGAGCCGCUCCCAAACUCCUCCAAAUCCUACAAUUGUGGCUCCUUCAGCAGGAUACAAUCCUGUGAGAAAUGCUCCUCUUGCUGCUAGUCCGGAAAUGACUGCUUCAAAUGUGUAUAGGACAGUGACUGCAGGUGGAACACCAUUGCAUCAAGUGCCUUCAAGUCAGCAUCAGCAGCAGUAUGUCGGCUACUCCCAGAUUCAUCACCCUUCGCAGUCUGUUGCCCCCCGUUCUACUGGGACUCCAAAUUUUGUCUAUGAAUACACAGAUCCAGCUCACCCCCAAGUAUACUACACACAGCCUUUAGCACCCUCAAUGCCUUCUCAAUACCAAACCAUGACUACGGCAUCAGGUGUAGCAUCGCCAGACUCUUCAGGUUCCCGCCGAGAACAUCAAGCUGCAAAUUAGUAACUUCACAAACACAGGAAAUCUAUCAAGGAAGAAGAAACAAUUUUGAGGAAAGGGUUUGCUUUAUAUCUGAAAGUUCUUGAAAGAAAAAAAAAACAGUUAUGAUAUUGGCAUUGGUUUGUGGUAUGUAUUUGUGGUAGAUAAUAAGGAAACUCUUUUUUGCUGUCUCAAUUUACGUUGUUGCUGUUGUCAUAGGAAAAGAAAGCGGUCCAAGAGUACACCGUAAAAGCUCAAAACUCAUAUUGUGUGCUUGUGCAGUUCAGUUAUCAGUUACUGAAUAAUUUUUAUGUAAUUGGCAAUUGUGUUUGAAUAAUGUAUUUGAUUCAGGUGUUUGUAUUA